AUUCGACGUGCUGUAAAAAUACGUAAUAAAACGCAGUGACCUUAACAAAUAAUGAGAGACCACGUUUUCAAACUUCGGUUGUCAUGGCAACUGUAACAUUACCAUUACAGCGGUUCAGUGAUAACGUGGCCGUUAGGAAAACCAUAAAUGGAAGCACAGAGUGCUUUUCUGGUGAACUGUUCUGAGUUCUUGAUACUGAAACAUGGACAUAGCACAACACCAGGGGAGCAACCCACCGACCUACAGGAGGUUGUGUUGGUCACCCUGAGCAGCUUGAUGUUAAAGUCACUGGACCAGCUCGGAGGCUGCAAAGCAUUGAGAAUUUGCAUCCUGGCUGACAAUUUCCUGACCAGGAUAGAUCCUCUCGUUGAGUGUGUGCAUUUAGUGAAGCUGGAUCUCAGAGGGAAUCAGAUAGUCUGUCUUCCAGGCUCUUCGUUUUGGAGCAAUCUAAAAGAUCUGCAAGUGCUCAACCUACACGACAACAACAUGGUGUCGAAGAAAAAUAUUACUGGUCUUUCGGGCUGCCCACGUCUGUCAGCCUUGACUCUGUAUGACACCCCACUCAGUUUGAAGGUCAGCUAUAGGCACUGUGUCAUUAACAGCAUUUGGACUCUGAAGGCCCUCGAUAACCAUGUUAUCUCAGAUGAGGAAAUCAUGGAAGACUGGCACCUUCCUUCGAAAUUCAGAGCAAAGGCUCCUCAGUUUUGUGUAAAUCUGUAUCCACAGUUAAAACUGGAUUCAUAUAAGAAUGAAAUUAAAGUGGUACAUGGAAUUAUGGCAGAAAUAAACAGGAUCCAAGCCAUCUAUUCCCCAGUUCUGAUUAUCCAAAAAUGGAUUCGAGGGCACCUUACCAGGAGACGUCUUGGACGGUGUGGAUGUGUGUUGCCAUGGAGAUCGUUGGUGAGGAAGUUAAUCUCAGCCAGUACACCAGCAUCCCCUCCUUCUCUGGGAAUCGCCAGAAGAUCCUGGAUCCAGGAGCACCAAGAUGGUCAGCUCCACCAGGGGCAGAAAGGAGGAGAUGUAACUAUUAAAAAACUGCACAUGAACUUGAGCGAAGUCGUGCCAGCUGAAAGCCAGGAGAUCCUGCAAGAUACUCUCAGUGCCAGAUCAUUCGACAGUCUUACCGUGCCAUGCAACACCCCUCAGCAGGGCACCGGCGCGAGGAGUUGGAGAACCAGUUCCGAUCUCGAUGCUAAGGCCAUGGACAGCGAGUCCUUUUGUCUGUUUGGCCUCAAGGCAACAAUGCACUUGUCCAAGCCCUUUGCUGACAUGCUAAUGUCCCGCAAAGCUGACGGGCAGGACGUGCGAGAUGCCAUUGGCCAUUUACACAAGCUGAAAGCCCACGCACCUUCCCUCCGGCAGCCCCGCCCUCCCAACAUCACGGCAGAGAAGCGUCUCGUUGACCAGCGCUCCAACUGCCUAAGCCUCGCCCCUUUCUGGGAGAUCGAGAGGGCGUAUCGGGCGAGGGAGAAGGCAGAGGACCUCAGGGCUCGGGUGGAGCGCGUGGUCCAGGCGCAGGCUCUCCGCGCCGAUGCCUGCAGUCGCCACGACGCCUUCGGGAUGUCCCGCAGAAAGGAGGCAUUGGAGCAGCGGGAACGGGAGCGGAUGGAGGCGGCGGAAGCGAUGAGUCUCCGCAGAGCCCAGCGGGAGCAGGAGGUGCAGCGCGUCCGUCAGAGGCACGCCCGCUUCCUCGAGGAGAAGAGGAGGAAGGCGUCGGAGCGGGAGACGGUCGAGCUCUUCUGCCGGCAGCACGUCUCUCUGGCGACGGCCGUCGCGAGACACUGCACCCGACAGAACCUCCGACACGCUCUGCAUGAGAGGAGACAGCGUGUGGCCUCCAUCAAGCAGCACACCACGGCUGGAGGCCCGGACACACCUGGACAACAGGAAACAGCAUACCCAUACAGAGGCUGUAGUGUGUCAGGAAAAUUCGCUUUGCUCUUCUCUAAGUCAGCACCAAUACCUCCCAAAGCCGGUGGCCAGCGUGGCAUGUGUGAACUCCAGACCGGACGCACUCUGUCACACAGCUCAGCCAGACUCCCUCACCUCUCACACUCUCGUCCCAACUUAACUGUGGUCCACCUUAAAUAUUUAAAUCAGCAGCGUUAACUGAAUUGCAGGCACUGGCUAAAU